AUGGAAAAUAUUAUCCACAUAGAUGAGAAAUGGUUUAAUGGCUCAAAAAAGGAGAAAACUUUCUACCUUUAUCCGGAUGAAGAGGAACCAUACUUCACAGUUCACAACAAAAAUGCCAUUGAUAAAGUAAUGUUCUUAGCAGCAGUUGCAAACCCUAGGUUCGAUGAUGAGGGUAACUGCACUUUUGAUGGAAAGAUAUGUAUUUGGCCUUUUGUUAGGAAGGAACCAGCACAAAGGAGAAGUCGUAAUAGAGAAAGGGGGACACUAGUGACCAAGCCAAUUAAGGUUGAUAGAAACACCAUAAGAUCAUUCAUGAUAUCUAAAGUGCUGCCAGCUAUUAGAGCAUGUUGGCCUCGAGAAGAUGCAGGAAAAACCAUAUGGAUUCAGCAGGAUAAUGCUAGAACUCAUCUCCCAAUCAAUGAUGAGCAGUUUGCUGUUGCAGUAGCCCAAACUGGACUUGAUAUUCGCCUCGUGAAUCAGCCUCCAAAUUCCCCGGAUAUGAAUUGCCUAGAUCUUGGAUUCUUUGCUUCACUUCAGUCCUUAACAUAUAAUAGGACAUCUAGAAACAUGGAUGAGCUAAUAGAGAAUGUUCACAAGGAAUACCGUGACUAA